AUGGCCGCGCAGCCAUCCACGUCUACGCCCACUGCGGCCGGCGCGACAGCAUCCUCUUCGGCCUCCACGUCCGCGUCCGUCGCCAACGAUCACGAUGGCACGCCCCAGUCAGCCGCCGCCAAGGCUCUUCCCGUCCGGGACAAGGACUCGUUCAACAAACUUCAGGUUGAGCGCUACGUCACGCGCGAUUGGCACCACUCCGUCGCGAUGAAGGACGCCCAGGAGCGCUUCGAGAAGGACAUGCAGCAGAUGAGGGAUAAGAUUGAUGACUAUAACAUCGUCAAGACCCAGCGCAUCUACUUCCCACCGAGCAAACUAUACGGCGAAGGAUACCGUGGCUUCGGGAACGGCUACACCGACAUCGAUCCACGCAUGAGAGCGCCCUUUCCGGCUCAGGUCAUCUACCCAAGCCAGAAGCCGCGACCAGGAAAACGCCAGUCGCAUCCGCUUAGGUGGAAGAAGAAGGAACUGAAGAAGCAGGCGGAGCAGCAUGAAGAGCUUGUGCCGAUACGGAUAGACGUUGACUGGGAAAAAAUCAAGCUACGCGACACCUUCACCUGGAACCUACACGACAGGAUAAUCCCGGCCGAGCUUUUCGCGCAGCACCUCGUUGAAGAUUUGGGCGUCCCUCUGGAUGCUCAACACAAACCCGUCCUCGACCAGGUCAUCUUGCAGAUGCGCGAUCAGCUCAACGACUUCUACCCCCUGGUUUUCUCCGAAGAGGACGCGCUCGACCCGGAGCUGCCCUACUCUGCUUACAAGAAUGACGAGAUGCGAAUAUUGAUCAAGCUUAACGUCACCAUCGGCGGCGUGACCCUGGUUGACCAGUUCGAGUGGGACAUCAACAACCCUCUCAACUCUCCAGAGGAUUUCGCCGCCUCGAUGACUCGUGAUAUGGCGCUGUCAGGCGAGUUCACUACGGCGAUCGCGCACAGCAUCCGAGAACAGUGUCAACUAUUCGCAAGAAGCUUGUACAGCGUCGGGCACCCCUUCGAUGGCCGCCCGGUCGAAGACCCUGAUCUGGUCGCCGCCUUCCUACCUUCUCCACUACCGUCCGUCUUCAGGCCCCAGCAGCAGGCCAAGGAGUAUGCGCCAUAUCUAUACGAACUCAGCGACGCCGAUUUGGAACGAAACGAAGUCAUCUUCUCCCGAGAACUGCGGCGUCAAAAGCGCUCCAUCAACCGUCGCGGUGGGCCGCAACUUCCAGAUCUCAAAGAAAGACAGCGUACCAUCAGGACGCUCCUUGUUUCGUCCGUGCUCCCAGGGGCCGCCACGAACAUUGAAGAGAGCACAUUAUACAAGCGCGUCGCUGGCGCUCCGAGCACUCGCAAGAGGCCAGGAGCACGCGAUGGCGAGGUGUCCGAUUCUGACGACAGCGAAGACUCCGGGCCCGAUUCGCCGGGUGUCUCUCAACUCGGUGGUGGUGGGGGUAUUGGUGGUGGUACGGCCAGGACGAGAGGUCUUCGCGGUGCUGCAAGUGCUGCUCAGCAAAGGAUUACAAACCUCGGCCGCUCAGAAACACCUGAGGCGAGCAUCGUCCACCACCACGAGACUCGCAGAAACGUCGGCCGCUCGCUGCGUGACACUCGUGACGAGACUGAGGAGCCUACCCAGCUGGUUGUCACACUGAAAGUUAGCAAGGACAAGCUGAGGAGACUCCUCCAGAAUCCGAGAUCAAGGGUCACGCCGAGCGGAUCACAGACUCCCUCGACACCCGCACACACUCGCAUACCCAGCGCGGCUGCUGCGGCGGCGGCGAGUUCAAUGCCUCCGCCGUCUACGCCGGCUUCUAACAACCAAACACUUCCCGCCACGCUUGGCACUCCUCUUCCUCAGGGCCAGAUUGGUCGACAGCCUGCACCACCACCCGUUGCUGGCCAACCGCCGCCACCUCCGCCUCCGCCUCCUGAAUGGCUCAAGAACUGCUUGCAGCAACUCAAGAAUACGUAUACCUUUGACAACUUUGAGGGCAUGAUGAAAUACUCGGCCAUCAAUCCAGACACGGAGAUGCCCAUAUCCGUACCAGCAGGAUCGCAGCCGCCAGAGGGAGCCAAAUGGAUGUUCCUCCCACGCAUUCGAUGCCUUGACUGCCCUGGCAAGCUGUACACCCCUGGCCCUGAGAUGACGGCUGGUAAUUUCGAGGUCCACCUGCGAAACAAGCAGCAUCGUCAGAAGGUGGACGCCAGAGAGGGCAAGGAUACGUCGCCGGCAGCUAUUGGGACAUCAUAA